CGUCGCGGAGGGAUCUGUGCAACGCGUCCAGCGCCCAAACACGAGAAUUAAGAGUUAAUACGGUCUCCUCGCUCUCUCACACACAGACACAUCAACCGAGCGCACCGACCAGACGCAAAAGCGCAAACGUGUGAUGUUCUAUCUCACUAUGGGUGCGCGGGGACAUUUGUGAAUAAUUACCGGAGUCUGACACCUUUGUAGACGAGGAAUCGGAAUCGUUUGCGAUCGCUCGUGGGAUUUUCGUGCAGAGUCCCUCUCCUAAAAAGCUACAUUUUUUAAGGGAACUCUGUGUUCUCGGUGAAGGACGGAGUGCCGGUGUUUUCCGGUCCGAAGCACAGUUAAGCAUCUUAAGGACUGAGAAUCUUUUUGAGAAGACGACAAAAAAUGUUACUGUCCAAGUUUGGAUCUUUUUCUCAUAUUUGCAACACAACCAACAUCGACCACUUGCCGGUGAAAAUUCAACUUCAAGCAGCCAAGACCGAAAGGGAGCCGUUUGAGAAGGUUUAUCAUGUGGGUUCGGUGCUGGGAAGCGGCGGGUUUGGGACAGUGUACGCCGGUACUCGGAUCUCAGACGCGUUGCCGGUUGCGAUAAAACACGUUGCUAAGGAGAGAGUGACCGAAUGGGGUACGAUUAACGGGUCGCUGGUUCCACUCGAGAUUGUUUUGUUGAAGAAAGUGGGGAGUACGUUUCAGGGGGUCGUUAAACUCCUCGAUUGGUAUGAGAGAGCCGACGGCUGGUUGAUUAUAAUGGAGCGGCCGGAGAUGGUGAAGGAUUUAUUCGACUACAUCACCGAGAAAGGCGCGCUGGAUGAGGACGCCGCCCGGGGCUUCUUCAGGCAGGUUUUGGAGGCGGUUCGGCACUGCUACAGCUGCGGGGUGGUUCACCGGGAUAUCAAAGAUGAGAACCUCCUGGUUGAUUUACGCACGGGAGACCUGAAGCUCAUUGACUUCGGCUCCGGGGCCAUCCUCAAGGACACCGUCUACACAGACUUUGAUGGCACGCGAGUGUACAGUCCUCCUGAGUGGAUACGUUACCACAGAUACCACGGACGCUCGGCAACCGUUUGGUCCCUAGGCGUCCUACUGUAUGACAUGGUGUGUGGUGACAUCCCGUUUGAGCAUGAUGAGGAGAUUCUAAGAGGACGGCUCUUUUUCAGGAGAAGAGUCUCUCCAGUCUGUCAGCAGCUCAUCAAAUGGUGCCUCUGCUUGAGACCUUCAGACCGGCCCACUUUGGAGCAGAUCUUUGAGCAUCAGUGGAUGUGCAUGGAGGAAAGCCCAAAAGCAGAAAGCGGCAACAUCACACUUCACUCCAUCAGCACAGAAUCGGGCAAAGAAAGCCUUUGACGGAUGCGGGGAUGGCGAGUGAAUGGACUCUGAGACCUUUUUUGCUCUUGUUCCCAGUCUGUUGGUUAUCAGGACUUCGGUUUAUGUUGCAUAAAUGUCUUUUUUUUGGUUGUUUUUCUUGCUAAGGGUGAGUUGUUACCCGUAGGGACUGCGUGAGCAGCAAUGCUAGUGAUCCUUUGAUCUUACUGGUUGCUCUUAUAGAGCUUGGACAUUAUUUUCCUUUUAGACUAUCUUUUUAGUUUUCGGUGCCUUUUUUGAAAAGCUGCUUUUAUGGGAUUCAAGUCACGACUGACACCAGGUGGAUUUUCAUGGAUUUUAGGGGAACUCCCCUGGAUUCAUGGGAACCUUCAAAGACUGUAUCUAGUUAUGUGGUGGGUCUCCCUCGCCCUCUAGUGGUCGAAUACUUGAAGUACACACUUACUACUCUAUUUAACAGUAUCUCUCUGCUGCUCUGCCAUUCAUAUUCACUAUUUCGAUGGUUUUCCCUUCUGUUAUUUUCUGAAUGUCUUCCACUACCUUCAUCUCUGUUGAUGUCACUUUUUAGACUUUGCUUAGCAGAGACUUGAGUGAUGUGCACAAUCAAUGCAAUAUUCAUGGACUCACUUAUCUUUCCUUAUUUCUUUUUUUUGGGGGGGGACUUUUUUAUUUUUUUUAUUUAAUACAAGUAUUUGUAUUGUAUUUAUGUACAUUUUCUUCCAUGUAUCUUAUUUAUUCAUGCAAUACAAACAUUCCACAUUCAGUGGCUAUUUAUUUAUUUAUUCAUUUUAUACCAUCAGCAAAAAGUCAAUUGAAAUUAUUAAAUGUAAAGAGUUCUUGGGCUUAUCUUUAGUUUAACCUAAAGGAUCAUAGACAUGCUAAAGCUAUCUAAUACUGAUACAAAUAUACGAUUGAGAUGUUUAGUGAUGCCAUUUUCUGAUGCAGUGUAAAAUUUAGAAUCAGUUUUUUCUCCAUGUGAAGUGGAAGUAAAAAUGUGUUUUAGUCUUUCCACUGUGACAGUGUGGAAUUUUUAUUUUUUUUGAACUGGU